AAAUCAUGCAAUAUGGUAAUUUGUUUUUGUAGAAAGAGGGCUUGCAAAGAGUACAAGACUUGCUAUCGAUUAAGGAACAUCAUGCGCGAACCUUACUUAUCCACUAUCGUUGGGAUGUCGACAAGGUUUUAACAAUCUUCGUGGAGAAAGGGAAGGAAAGCUUAUACGCUGAAGCUGGUGUAACAGUAGAAUGCAAAGAUGAUACUUCCUUAUAUGAGUCUACUGUGGACAUGACAUGUGGAAUAUGCUUUGAUGAUAUUCCCGCUGCAAAUGCAACAACAAUGGAUUGUGGCCAUUCAUUUUGCAAUGAUUGUUGGACAGAGCAUUUCAUGGUGCAAAUAAAUGAGGGUAAGAGUAAGCGCAUAAAGUGCAUGGCCUACAAGUGUAACGCUAUUUGUGAUGAAGGAAAGAUUAGGGAUUUGGUUGGUGAGAGGGAUCCAGAUCUGGCAGGGAAAUUUGAACGUUUUCUUUUGGAGUCAUACAUUGAGGAUAACAAGAUGGUCAAAUGGUGUCCUAGCAUACCACAUUGCGGGAAUGCAAUCCGUAUUCAGGUUGAUGAGUGUUGUGAUGUUGAAUGUGAAUGUGGCCUGCAGUUUUGUUUUAGUUGCUCCUCCGAAACGCAUUCACCCUGCUCGUGUCUGAUGUGGGAGAUGUGGAUGAAGAAGUGCAGUGAUGAUUCUGAGACAGUGAAUUGGAUUUCGGCCUAUACGAAAGAUUGCCCAAAAUGCAAGAAACCUGUAAUGAAAAAUGGGGGAUGCAACCUUGUGCAAUGCAUAUGUGGACAACCAUUUUGGUGAGUGCAGUACUAGACAAUGGUAACUAGAUACUUGAAAAAUUAAAUUUACAGGGUUGCAGCAAAAGGUUUUAAAUCUAAAUUAAAAUAAAGAUGAAGGAUCGAUUUUGGUCAUUACAACAAAACGCAAUUGUGGCUUGGGAACAUUUAAUGUGUUAAUGUAUAACAUUUUAGUUGGCCAUCAUUAUACCCAACUAAAAUGUUACCCAUUUUUUGGGCUUGGGAGUAUGAUGAAAUAAAGCAAAAUGACUUACUAAACUGUCUGCGCCUCUUUGUUAUGAAGCAACAGUUAGUCACGCAAUGUUAGACGCGAUUUUCACUAUGGGUCAUUUGGAAACAGUCUCUCUAUGCUUUAGUACAGGGGUGACUGC